AUGACUUCUUUUAUACCCAACUUCGAAAAGAAUCAUUGCAAUAAACAAAAUGAUACAGUACUCCAAAAGCACUUGAUGAAAAGCUGUAAAGUUGUUUUGGAGGAUGUUUGUUCUCUCAGUGGUGCUGAAAAGCUUAAGAUCACAAUCUCUACUUCGGUUUCAUCCCACAAAAGUAAAUUGUGUCACACGGAAAAAAACAAACUUCAGAACCUCGAUGAGAAAGCCCCCAUUCUAUGGGGUAAGAUGAAUGAUAAGCGUUGGAGUGACUUAGACAGUGCUGUGCAUAGCAAGCUAAAGGCUUGUACCAAUCUAUCCAUUUCUGAGAAAGUUAAAACACUUGAAACUUUAAUUUACGAAGAGGCUUCAAAAAUAUUUGGUUGCCGCUCCUCAAAUAAAACAAAAAACAUUGCCAGUAUUAACAGGCGUACAAUACGUUCCAUUAAUCUGGUUAAGGAGAAAAAUGUUCUGUUAGCGCACAUUGCCUCAUCAACCAUCAAGGAGGAACUAACUGCCUUGCAAGAACUGUUGCAACAAGUUCGAAUAAAAAUAAGGGUGAUGCGUCGAGGUGAGAAACGAAGAAGAAGAAAGUGGAGCUUUAAGAACGCCCAAAAGGUUUUUAGGAAUGAUCCCUACAAAGCAGGAAAGGACCUGCUUAACCCUAAAUCAGAUAUUCGUCUUUGUGUUGAACAGUCUGUUCUGGACAACCAUAAAUUAUCUAGCUUAUCUGAUAAUUUUCACGACUCUUCUCUUCCCCUUCUUCCAGGUCUUCCACCACCUCCGCAGAUCAAGAAAGCUUUCUCAGCCACAUCUUUCAAAUUUUCUGAUUUCGCAAGUGUUUUAUAUACGCGUAGGAACGCCUCUGCUCCUGGGCUAAAUGGCAUAUCUUACAAAGUGUACAAAAAAUGUACGAAAAUUUCAUCCUUCUUGUUUAAUGUAUUUAAGUGUUGUUUAAAAAAUUGUGUUGUGCCUCUUCAAUGGCGUCAUGCCAAAGAAAUUUACAUUCCCAAAUCCAAAACUCCUGUACCAUCUAACCUAAAAGAUUUUCGACCUAUAGCCCUCCUAAAUGUCGAAGGAAAAUUAUUUUUUAGUAUUUUUUCAAGGCGACUAGAAACACAUGUCAUCCAUAACAAUAAGUUUAUUAACACGUCUGUUCAAAAGGGGUGCAUGGCGAAUGUUCCUGGCUGUUGGGAACACAUGUCGUCAAUCUGGGCAGCUUUAAAAGAUGCACGCUCUGCAAGAACUGAUCUUGCCACCAUUUGGUUGGAUAUCGCAAGUGCGUAUCCCUCAAUACCGCACAGAUUAAUCUUUUUUGCUUUGGAAAGGUAUGGUAUAUCUCCUAGUUGGAUUGCCAUUGUAAAGGGUUACUAUUCUGGGCUGUACAGCAAAUCAUUCUCCAAAUCUGCUCCAAGCAAUUGGCACCAGCACUUCAGGGGCAUCUUCGCUGGCUGCACCCUGUCUAUCGUCUUGUUUUUAUCAGGCAUAAAUGUUAUUUUGGAGUAUACGCUGGCAACAUCUGUGUCAUGCUACAUCACCUCUAACAGAGUAUCCUUACCUUUAAUAAGGGCUUUUAUGGACGACAUAAACAUGUCUUCUUCUGUUGCUGGAACACAAGUACUCCUUAACAGGUGCACCACAGCUCUAAGUUGGGCCAAUAUGACAUUUCGCGCUGAAAAAUCCCGUAGUUUUGUGAUCAUCAAGGGAAGAUCUAUCAAUAGCACCCCUUUUAGUGUAAGUAGCCCUGAAAACGACAUUGAUUUCUCACAGUAUAUCCCAUCUAUUCAUGCCUCGCCAGUGCGAUUUUUAGGCCGGAUUAUUGAUUGUUCUAUCUCAGACAGGAAGUCCAUCAACGAAUUGGAGGAAAAGCUGAUAGAAGGGCUUGGUGUCAUUAAUAAGUCCUUAUACACUGGAGCGCAAAAACUUUGGAUCUUGCAACAUCUUUUGAUCCCGCGAAUUCAGUGGCCACUGUUAAUAUACGAGGUCUCGAUGUCUGUUGCUGGGCGCCUAGAGCAAAAGGUUUCAGUGUUCAUACGAAAAUGGCUGAACUUACACCGUUCCAUCACAAACAUUUCCCUAUAUGCUGGCUCCUCUCCUUGCCCUCUGCCCAUUAAGAGCCUCACUUCUAUUUUAAAAUCCGCAAAGAUUAGCGGCCACCUACUUUUGCGUCACUCCAAAGAUCCGAUUCUGUCAACACUCGAUCCAUCUUUAAAGGCAGGUUCUUGGAAGGUGAGCAAUGCAGUUAACAUAGCUGAGGGUGAAUUAAAGUACAAGACCAUAAGGGGUCCUGUACAGCGUGGACGAACCGGUCUUGGCAUUUGUAAAGUGGAAGUAAUACCACCACAAACCACUCACAAGUACAGAAAGUUAAUCGCAAAAACAUCGGCUGAGAUUGACGAGGAAAGCUAUCUAUCUAAGGCACUGCAACUUCAGGUGCAGGGCCAAUGGACAAGAUGGGAGAACUACGUAAAGUUUGAUCUUUCAUGGAAGAACAUCCUAGCAACUCCUCCUAAUCUCUUAUCUUUCUGCCUGCAAUCCACUUACGAUGUUCUGCCAUCACCAAGUAACCUAAGGAGGUGGAAAAUAAAUACAGAACCAUCAUGUUUCCUAUGUCACAAAGAAAUUUGCACUUCUGCUCACAUUCUUGGUGCUUGUAAAACUGCUCUUUCCCAGGGUAGAUAUACCUUUAGACACGAUUCUGUACUUACCCAUUUGGUAGAAACUUUGAAAAAGUUCAUUUUUGAGCUUCCUUCUGAACCUCCUAAAAAUUGUCAAAAAAUAACCUUUCUGAGAGCCGGUUCAAAGGCACAUACAAAAUCUAAAGUGUCAGGUAUACUGCACCUUACCAAAGAUUGGAAGAUUGUUGCUGACACACACUCGAACUAUGUGUUUCCUAGCCAUAUUGCCAUUUCUGAGCUUAAACCGGACCUUGUGUUAUAUUCAAAUGACCUUAAGCGCGUUAUUAUUGUAGAACUCACUUGCCCAUGUGAGGAAAACAUGAAUGCUUGGCACUCCACCAAAGUUGCCAAAUAA